AUGUUUGUCAGUCGAACUUCCUUCCUUUCUCUUCUCCUUUCUUCGCUGGUGGCUGGACUAUCCUAUGACAAUAUCGACAAGGCAGCAACUCCUCGAGCCAAACAGCUUCUCACGUACAUCCAAGCUCAGUACGGUUCAAAGUAUAUCGCAGGCCAGCAGGAUCUUGGCAGUGUGCAGUGGUUGCAGCAAAAUGUCGGUGUUACUCCGGCCAUACUAGGCACUGACCUCAUGUACUACUCCCCGUCUGCGGUUGCUCAUGGAAGCAAGAGCCACGCCGUCGAAGAUUCCAUUAAUUUCGACAGACAAGGCGGCAUCAAUGCUCUUGUUUGGCAUUGGUACGCGCCAACGUGUCUUCUCGACAAAAACGCCCUUAGCCAUAGCGGGAAUGGGACAGAUUAUGGACUCCUAAUUCGGGACAUCGAUGCAAUUGCUGCCCAGCUCAAACGCCUUGCAGACGCAAACGUUCCAGUCCUCUUCCGCCCGCUUCACGAGCCUGAAGGGGGUUGGUUCUGGUGGGGAGCUCAUGGCCCGGCUCCUUUCAAGCAACUCUGGGACCUUAUAUACGACCGCAUUACUCGUGUUCACGAUAUCCACAACCUCGUCUGGGUCUGUAAUACUGCAGAUCCGAGCUGGUACCCCGGGAACAACAAGUGUGAUAUCGCUACUAUCGACCACUAUGGGGAAGCGGGCGACCAUGAUGUCGUCAAGGGCAAAUUCCAGGCCUUGCAGAACGUUACUAGGGGCGAACGAGUUCUUGCACUGGCUGAGGUUGGCUCUAUACCAGAUCCGGAACUUCAGGCUAAGGAGAAUGUCACUUGGGCCUACUGGAUGGCCUGGAACGAUGAAUUCAUCAAGGAUGGGAACCAUAACUCUCAAAAGUUCUUGCAAAACAUACUCAACAGCAGCAGGAUCAUAAGCCUGAAUGGUGCCACAAGGCUUGGUUUGUAA